CCACUCGCCCGGCGCCCGGCCCGCAGCGCCGUCGCGCCGAUGCCCAAACGCGCUCUGAACGCAAAACAACCGCGCCUGUGACUGUGCCCGGAUUACAGUGCUAUUACAGUGCAUCCCAGGAUUGAGUUUGAGUGUUCGUGGCGAAAGUCGAAACCGGGUCGCCGAUAACGUUGUGCAACUAGCGCGCGGAACUCGCGCGCGGCCUCGCACUCUCCCGGAGGAAGCGUGUCGCAAGCGGGGAAGUGGCGCAAGCGCCGGGAAGCCACAGCGUGCGCCACUGCGCGCACAAACACCCUGGAUUGUCCUGGUGAUACUGACGGAUUCUCUUCUAAAGUUAUCCCUUGUGCUGGAAUGAUGGGCGAGGGCCUGCUGACUCUAACGUACGGCAAGCACCACGCCUGCAUCCUGAACGAGGUGGGGGCUGCGUGGCGUGGAGCCAGGUACUCAGACCUAGUGCUGGUUUGCGACGACGCUGUACCACUAGCUGCUCACCGCAUCGUUAUGGCUGCUGCUAGCCCACUCAUCAGAAAAAUUCUUGAUGACACUCCAUCUGUUGAGAACCCUGUCACUAUUCACAUGUCAGGUAUCAACAGCACUCUCAUGAGGCAUCUUCUCGUCUUUCUGUACAGUGGUCAAGCAUAUAUCGAGUCUGGUGAAAUUGAUGAUAUGCAAGAGCUUUUUGAGCUCCUGGAAAUAAAAUCAGAUGUAUGGAAAUCAACAAAAGAACGACAACAAGCAGAGGAAAGAAAUAGAUCUUGUGAACGGUUAAAAGCAAAAAGUCUCAAAACAGAUAUCAAUAGUAAUGAAAGCAGUAAACACGAUGCCCCUUCAGGGUCAUCACAUUCAGAAAGCGAUAGAGUCACACCGGGUGCGGGAUACAGUAAAGAAAAAGAUCGGGAAUCAGAAGCUAUGAGCAUAAAAAAAGAAAACAUGUCCACAAGCAGUAAUGAUGAAAGAGAAGAUGAUGAUCAAGACGGGGAGAACAAAGAAUGUGGAAGAUUGACAGCACGGCGGAGAAGUUCGUCAAAUCCUGUCAAUUUAUCGGUAACAAGAAACUCAGAAAAUACUGGUAGUGAACAUGACGACUCGCAGGACGUCGAUGUGGAGACAGUUGCAGCAAAGAAUAUUGAAAGGAGGAGAUCAACAUCAUCCAGCCAAGACGAUCAACCUCGCGAAAACGUAUACAGAAGACAACUGCUCAGUGAUCGACUAGGUCGCACAAUAGAAAGACCUAAGAGGAAAUCACAUUACCUAGAACCGCCUGAGUUGGAUCUUCGGACCGCUGUCAAAUUAGAAGAUUAUGCACACCUAAAGCCACCUGAUCAAGAUUUGAUGUCACUUGUUCAAACGUCACCGGAAAAUUACGUUGUUACACCUCACCGGAAAAGAAGACCUGGAUUUCAUAAUUCACCUUCUCAAAAUCCCCCGUUUGUAUCAUAUCCCCCGAGUUACUUAGAAGAAAUAGCACAUUUACGAUACCAGCAAGGACCAGCAGGAGCCGCAGCAGUAGCAGCAACCGCAAGACUUGGAGCCCUACAUCCGCUUAGUACAUCAGCGCCACCAUACUUACCUGAAAGAAGCGCAACUCCACCUACAGCAACACAUGAAGACGCUCUCAAGUAUCGGCCUCCCAGUGCGGGUUCAUGGGGGCCUUGGCUGUGCCAACCACAAAUGGGUGGAGACGAACCUCCAUCAACAGAACAUGAUCAAGGAUCCAGCAAGCAAGCGCCAGUACGUGAAUAUCGUUGUGAAUACUGUGGCAAACAAUUUGGUAUGUCGUGGAAUCUCAAAACGCAUCUUCGAGUUCACACGGGUGAGAAACCUUUUGCCUGUCGACUCUGCGUUGCUAUGUUUAAACAGAAAGCGCACUUGUUAAAACAUUUAUGCUCGGUUCAUCGUAAUGUAAUAUCUUCAAGCGAAAAUGAUGGACGUACUAAUACGCCCGGUCGAUUCAAUUGUUGUUUCUGUCAACUUACUUUUGAAGCAUUACCGGAACUCAUCAGACAUUUAUCAGGACCACACAACAGUUUACUGCUGAGCAAAAAUCUACACGAAUGACGCUCGCCCACAUGACGCUACUCAACGCGUAAUUAUGGACUAUGAAAUUUCUUCUCUCGAUUCGAGAGCUCAAUUGUGAUAUGUGUUUAAGAUGGAUACUAGGUUAAGAUUUAGUUUUAAGAUGUAAUAUCGCAGAGCGAUACUCAUAGUGAGUGAGGCAUUCGCAGAAUUCUACUGCGGGUGUAGUGUUGAUGACUAAUUUAAAAUCACAUGUUUGCCGAAUGGGUCCAAAUUAUUAUAAUUUGUUUAAAAAUUAUAAUCCGGGACCAAUACCUUCCAAGAUAGUAUUUAUUUGAAAGCUGUAUUUCAUUAGGGUAAAUAAUAUUUAAAAGCCACCGACACAUUAAUUCCUUAAGUAUAGAAAAUAGACACGAUUGUCAAUGAAAAGUUGCGAAAGUAGUAGAGCCUAAAGAAUGUCACUUAAACUACCUCCUAAUUUAAAUCAGUAACUUGAUGAAACUUCAGUGGCGUCGAUAUGGGUUGUAGCAUUGACUGUAAGACUUUCUCCAAUUAAAGUAUUCAGUCAAUAAUUCUAGUCAGGUGCGGAACAAAGAGUUAUAUCAAAUAUACGUAAUAUGCGUUUCUCAUUUUGAUGAAUCAAUAUUUAAACAGUAAGGUUGGACAAUUCACUUUAAUAAUUAUUUCAAUCCAUUGGACCUUUUUUUAUAAUAUGUACUCUUAUCAAUUUUUUUUUUAAUUAACAUGCAUUGCUUUUUGUAAAUUUGAAAAAAAAGAGGAAAUAAGCUUGACAGCAAUGAUAACUCUUAUAUUACGUGAAUUCCAUCUUAUCUGUUUCAUUUUCUUAAUAAGUAUUUAAGUACACUUUGACGAAUAAAUUCAGCCAUAGCUUUGUUCCAUUUUAUUAAAUCGGAUUUGGCAUUUCGCAGCUUUUUAACGACAUUAUACAAUCUCAAUAUUAGGUUUUAUCAUUUAUGUAACUUCUAAAAUAGAAAAAAAAAAUGUGUUCGUAAUAUUAUAUUUUUAUAAUUAUUAUGCCUUUAUAUACUUCAUUCGUUCGUACCGAUUAUUUGCAAUGUGGUUGAACACCAAAGAUUUGUAAAGCAUUGAAAAUAUUUUGGUGUACAAUUAAGAGAAAUUAAAGGGACCUGAAAUGAUAAUGAUUUGUUAAACUUAACGUAUGUAGGUACCAAUUUUUAUAAUCUCAUCUCUGUAGUUUAUAACUACAUAUUAACUUUGAUAUUUCUGUAACCAUUUCCAUAUUUCUACUAAGAACUGUUGUAUAAAACUUGAAUAUCUUUCUAUUUUUCGAUUAAUUUACUAUUUUAGUAUUAAUGUGAAGCUUAUCAAAUAUAAUUCAAAUGAAUGUAUUCAUAAACUCGCUGUAUUUUAGCUGCGCUAAUGAACUCAGAAGUGCUUUCGAAAUAGUUUUUGUCGAACACAUUAUUGUGGCCAGUUAUAUUAAAACUAUUGUUAUAAAGAAGGCUGGAUAUUCAAUUAUCUUUUAAGGUUUCUAAUAAAAGUGUCUGAUAUUAAAUUAUGUUUGUAAAAUUUAUUCCAAUAAUACUGUCUACAUUUUUUUUGUAAUUGGAACAAGUUUUAUAUAGUAUCCGUAAUACUCAUUUUGUACAAGAAAUAUUACUUUUGCAAAAUACGUAUAUUUCAUAAAACAGGCAUUAUUAUUAACAAAAUGCAAUUCCAUUAUACACUGCCGUCCAAAAGUUUGGGAGCACGUCUAUUUUUAUCCAAAAGAUUGUCGACUGUAUGCUGUAAAAAUUAACAACGAACAAAUUUUAUGACAUUUUACGACUGAUUAUACAAAAACCAAAAAUAUAUAAACCCAAAUUCAAGUCUUACCAAAUUCCUUGAUUUUAACUAAACUAACUAACAAGUCUAAACAUGUGUUUUAUGGCCUUAUCCGUCAAUUACAUUGUUUUAGGCGAUAGCGUGGUUUUAUAGGAAAUAUUUGGUGUAAAAUUUUUAACCUAUUUUGUCAAUUUUAUUACAUUAUCAGAGUCGCCUAAAGCGAUUUUAGAUUUUCACCCAAAUAUCUAAUACUUUUCCUUCAAGUCGAUACGAUUUCGUUUAUUUUUUCACUUCGUUUUAUCAUGUACUACAAAAUGAGCGACGAAAAAAGCACUCUUUAUUUGUUUAUUCUUUAUUGUACACAAAUAUAAUGUUAAGAACAAUUAAUUUUAAAUAUAAUAUACAAAGGCGAACUUAUCUCUAAUAAGAUAUUUCUUCCAGCAAAUCUUAUUUUUAUUGUCAUUUCCACUCUUAUUUCUAUUGUUCAUUUUACAUUGUACAAUUUAUUGUAUUUAUAUACCUCUAUACACUUUACAAAUACCAUAAAUAUCCAAAAAUAUACUCAAAUUUCUCUGAGCCCAUUUGAUUUUUCUCCAAUACUUUCAGUUCUACUAAAUGCUUCUAAUUUUUGAGUACUUCUGGGCGGCGGUAGCUACUUACAUCAGGUGAGCCGAAUGGUCGUUUGCACUUUGUGUUAUAAAAAAAAACUUCGUCAACAGUAAAUUAUUACCCAAAAUAGCGUAAAUAAACACCUGACAACCCUGAUUACUAAAAAAAAAAGAUGUACGCUUUGAUAAAGCUAAAAUGUAAUUUAAAUUUCAUUAUAAUAGUUUGUCAAUUUUUUAUGUUGUUUAAGUUCAUCAUCAUCAUCAUUUCAGCCAUUAUCCGUCCACUGCUGAACAUAGGCCUCCCUCAUAGACUGCCAUGAGGGACGGUACUCAGCCACCUACAUCCACUGACUCCCUACUAUGCAUUUGAGGUUGUCACUCCAUCUAGUGAGGGGUCGUCCUACACCGAGUUUGCCGGUAUAGAGUCGGCACUCAUAAACCUUGCUUCCUCAUCGGUUGUCGAUUCUUCAAGCUAUGUGUACCAGUCCAUUGCCACUUUAACUUGCUUAUCCUUUGGGCUAUGUCGGUUAAUUUGCUUCUUUUGCGAAUAUCCUCGUUUCGCCAUAGCCCGCUGAGUAAUUUGAAGCUAUUGCAUACGGACAAUCGUGUAGGACAAUGUUUCGGUUCCAUAAAUCAUCACUAGCGACACGCACUGAUCAAAGACCUUCGUCUUUAAACUUUGAGGUAUUUUGGAUGAAAAGAUGUGGCAUAGUUUUCUGAACGCUGCCCAGCCGAAUUGGAUUUGUCAGUUUGUUUAAGUUAUUUUUUAUUAAAUUUUUAAUUUUAUACCAAUACAAAUAAGUUUACAUGGUUUUGUUUUACUUAAUUUUAUCGUACUGCUUCCAAACAUUUGGACGAUAGUAUAUUUACGAUAGAUACCUGUAACGAUGCAAUUCUUGCUUAUGCUGCCAUAUAAAGAGCGAUUUAUCGCUUCGGUCGAUCGAAACGAUAAUCCUGCUCCCCUGGACAACAUACAAACGAAUCUAUCGAUGGAAUCGCUUGUGUAAGAACUCGUAAAGAACAAGACAGUUCAGAUCACUGUCUCAUUCUAUCUCAUAGACUCGCCAACGAUAACAAUUAUAUAUUAUUAGAUUAGUUUAUACUUUGUCUAGGAGGGCUGAAAUCAUUGCAAUAAUCGCUCUGUAUAUAUGGAGCUUUAUUAAGUGUGUGUAUACCACAAUUAAAACUAAAGUUACCAACAACAAGUUCAAAACAUAGUGUAAAAGAUAAAUUUGUCGAAAUGCUUUAAUGAUUUUCAUUCGAACGUUACCUUUCGUUAUACCUGAUGUUUUAUUUUUUUUCUUAUUGUUUUGUUUUUAUGUCAAAUAUUGACAUAGUUUUCGUAAUUGGGGAACAAUUUAAUCUUAAGAAUUGUGAUUUUGUGGUAUCAUAGAUUAUUUUAUGUGAUAAAUGUCUGUUUUUAUUAUAAUUAGGCACAUCGAGGACGCUGUCUUCCAUUGCGUUUUCCAUAUUUUCAACACUAUUUUGUUUUUUGAUGUAAAUAAAGUUAGGAUUAAGUGAACUGUGCAUGACAAGACAUUCGUCCAUAAUUCGUCUGCUUAAACAAAUAAGAGAACAUUUAAAAUCGAACAAACUUUACUUUUUUGAAGUCCAAUCAUUCUUCUGUUGAAUGUUGUGAUAUGUUUGAAGAGAAAAAUAGCCUACAAAUAAAAAAUAAUCAAUGCAAAAUAAUUGUAGUACAUACUGUAUUUAUAAUAGAAACAAACAUAUAACAAGAAUGUUUUCUCGAUUUAUUACAAUAAGCUUAAAUUUAUUUUAUGAGGUACUUAAUUGAGAGUAUAUGUAAUCAUUAAAUAUCCUAAUAUUCUUCUUUAAAUACUGAUUUUUACUAUUAAAAAAUAAAAUCUAAUAGUUACUAUGGUAACUUACUAAAUAUAAUAUUAAUAAAUCCGGUCUUAGUUGAGAAGAACUGGAACUUGUGACUCAAGACCAUCAGACAUGGAAGACCUUUCUACGUGCCCUAGGACUCUCAUAAGGGAUAAAAGGAGGACAUAAUUAUCAAUAAUAAUAAACAAGUACCUUCUUUUAUAAGCUGCAUUAAAAUAAUAAAAUAACUGAGUAAUAUAUAAAAUGGAAUUAUAAUUUAAACACAGAAAAAAAUGCCGUUAACAUUUAUUUGAAUGUGAAAAAGUUUUUUUUUUUUGGAACUAUUCGAGUUUUCAUUUAUUAAUUUAUUAUAAUAAUUCGAGAAAAAAUUCAAAACACAAAACCGAUUUGAUACAAGUUUUCGAAAUAUUAUUAUCUAAAACAUGACGUUGUUAAGAAUUAAUGUAAAUAAUAAAUAGUUUUUAAGGUUAAUGAUGAAAAAAAAAAGCUUAACUUAAUAUUGUUGAACUUGAAUAUUGAUUUUUCUCUGUUAAUUGUAAAUUAAAAGUAUUUUAUAAGAAUUCACAUAGUGUAAAUUUUUUUGUAGAUAGAACAUUAACAUUCUGUAAAAAUGUGUUCUUACUGUAGUAAAUUAAAUAACGAGAAUAUUUUAGUUACACAA